UUUUCUUAAUUUUUCAAAAUGGCCGAAAAAAUUAGCGAAGGAGUGACUAAAGAAAUUCUUCGUCCUGGAAAUGGGAAGAUGCCGAAAUCAGGCGAUACGAUUACUGUAAAUUGUACAGGAAGCUUAGUAGACUCGCAGAAGAAAUUCUGGAGUACCCACGAUGAAGGACAAAAACCGUUCAGCUUUCAAGUUGGAAAAAGAAGAGUCAUAGCAGGUUGGGACGAAGGUUGUCUAACCAUGAAGGAAGGUGAAAAGGCAAGGCUCGUCUUGCAAGCCCAUAAAGCGUAUGGUACUACUGGUUUCCCAGCCUGGAACAUCCCACCAAAUGCACCUUUGCAGUUUGAUAUUGAGCUUCUGAAGAUCAACUGAACAGAGGAAGACGUCAAGAUACACUGCUAGCACUCGACCUACGUAGAUUUGAAUUUUCUUAAGAAAUAAUGAAGGGCAAUAUCAAUAAAAUAUGUUUUCAAUGAAA